GCCACACAGCAAGGGGGGGGGCAAGCGAGACAAGGCAUGUCUCAAAGCAAGAGGAAGGCAUGGGAUGCCACGGUGCAAGCCAGCGGGCAUGUCCCAACACGUACAAAAACGAAACGGGCUUCAGGACGUACGGUGGUGCUCAGUAAGUCGAUGCGCGUUGUGGAUGAAGAAACGAGAAAUCAGGUCAAGGACGCGCGUCUGGAAGCGUUGGAAGCGGAUAACUACACCGAAGACCACGGAGGAGAGCAGGAUGACGAGUUUGCCUUGGAUGAGGACGACGAGCGAGGGGAUCGGCCGCGGGGCAGGAGCAGGGCGGGCAAGGCCCCGGGAAACAAGAACAAGAACAAGGGAGAGAAGGACCCUUGGAAAGAGCGCAAGUUCAAGAGCCUGCACCAGGUCCUCUACGAAUUGACGAACGAACUCUCGGCGUACCCGGGCGGGGCAACGGCUGUGAGCAUCGAGGCGCCGGUGUCGAAGCACCCGCCGCGGGCGUUCUGUUCCGUGUGCGGCUACCACGGGCUGUACACGUGCACGCGGUGCGGGUCUCGGUUCUGCAGUUCCAAGUGCUACGAGCAGCACAAGGAGACGCGUUGUCUCAAGUUCGCAUCGUAGAUUGUAUUCCGUAUAAUAGAGUUGCAAAGAAGCGGUAGGGAUGCCGCGUACGCA